ACUUAGAAAAUUUUCGAACAUUUUUUGUUGAACUUUUGUUAUUUUAGUUUAUCAUUAUGGCAAAUACUAUUUUGGUUGUAACAAAUAUUUCUAAGGAAAUUAUUAAGGCUAAAUCUAACUUUAAGAAAUGUCCUAAGGAACGUAUAACUUUGUCAUAUUUGGAAGUACGUUUAGAAAGUUUAGAAAAACAAUGGUCUUUGUUUUUAGAAAACCAUCAUAAGGCAGUAAGUGAGGGCUAUAAGCCAGACAAAGAUUAUGAUUAUGAUAAAACGGAAGAGGAAUAUAUUGAUUAUAAGUCAUUGUUAAAAGAAAAAUUGCUAUUGUUAAACCCUAAACCGAUGUCCUCUGAAACUACAGCAGACGUGAGUAAGGGAAAUGAACAUAGGUCGAGCGUGCGGUUACCAGAGAUUUCAAUUCCUAAAUUUUCGGGAAAUUAUUCUGAAUGGGUUAGUUUUCGCGAUAUGUUCAUCUCCGUUAUUGACAAAAAUUCAAAUAUUGAUGAUGUGCAGAAGCUACAUUAUUUGAAAGGUUGUUUGUCGGGCGAGGCAGAGCAAUUGUUAAGACAUCUUCCAUUAACUGCAAGUAAUUAUAAAUUAUGUUGGUCUCAGUUGGAAAAUCGUUACAAUAAUAAGAAAUAUUUGUCUAAUUGUAUUUUGAAGCGGCUGACGGGACAAAAAGUUUUAAAUUCUGAAUCUUCAAAUAGUUUAAAGCAAUUAAUGGAUACAACUAAGGAAUGUUUACAUGCAUUAAAUAAUCUAGGUAUUAAAACAGAUUCUUGGGAUGUUUUGGUAAUUUUUUUGGUUAGUCAGAAACUUGAUCCAGAGUCUCGAAAAUUAUGGGAACGAGAUAUUGCCAGUUCGACUCAAGAACUCCCAACUUUAAAUGACUUUGAGGAAUUUUUAGAAAAUAGAUUUAGAUCGUUGGAAUUUUUAGAUAAUAGGGUUCAAAAAUCAAAUUAUUCUCAUCUUGCGACUGCGGUCUUAUCCUGUUCAUUUUGUUCAGACAGUCACAAGCUUUGCAAUUGCAAAAAAUUUGCUAAGGAGUUGCUCGAUGCAAGGCGUGACUUUGUCCAAACACAACACUUGUGCUUUAACUGUUUAAAUUCUGGCCAUUCUGUUUAUCAGUGUACUAUGUCUACAAGAUGUCGUCUUUGCAAGAAAAAACACCACACUCUUCUUCAUCCCAAAAACUCCAAAUCAGCCGGUGAUCAUUCUAAGGCUGACCAGCCUGUUGAUAANCCAAGCUCGGUUGGAUCCUCUCUGGCAGAACACUUCAGCAAUUCAACCAAGACGAAACGUGCCAUAAUGUCAUCGUAA